GUUUUUCCCUUCGAGAGGGCAUAAGGAGCGAAGUCGGGAUCGAGUCCUUUUGACUUCUCCAGCACUCCGUCGCCGGAGAAAUUAGGGGCGUCAACCUUGCCCGGCCGUCCGACCGCGCCUGCUGCCAUGGCGACGCUGCUGCGGCAGGCCCUGCGCCCCCACCGGCUCCCGGCCAGCCCCCGGCCACCUGCAGAUGUGCCCCACCGGGCCGGGAGCCAUGGCGUUGGCCUGCUCUACCCUGACCAUAUCCCCACCUCUCUACUGCAGAAGGCACUGCUGGCUGCUGGUUCUGCGGGAAUGGCACUCUACAACCCUUACCGCCAUGACAUGGUUGCAGUUCUAGGGGAGACCACAGGACACCGCACGCUGAAGGCCCUCAGAGAUCAGAUGAGGAGGGAUCCAGAGGGUGCUCAGAUCCUACAGGAGCGUCCCCGGAUCUCACUAUCCACCCUUGACCUGGGCAAGCUCCAGAGCCUGCCUGAGGGCUCCUUUGGCAGAGAGUAUCUUCGUUUCCUGGAUGUGAAUAGGGUCUCCCCAGACACCCGAGCACCCACCCGCUUCGUGGACGAUGAGGAGCUAGCAUAUGUGAUCCAGCGGUACCGGGAAGUGCAUGACAUGCUCCACACUGUCCUGGGGAUGCCCACCAACAUCCUGGGGGAGAUCGUGGUGAAGUGGUUUGAGGCUGUCCAGACCGGCUUGCCCAUGUGCAUCCUGGGUGCGCUCUUUGGACCAGUCCGACUCAGUGCCAGGAGCCUGCAAGUGCUAGUCUCGGAGCUGAUCCCAUGGGCAGUUCAGAACGGGCGCAGAGCCCCGUGUGUCCUCAACCUGUACUACGAGCAGCGCUGGGAGCAGCCCCUGAAGGCUCUGCAGGAGGAGCUGGGCAUCACACCACCCCCUGUGGACCUCAAGGGCCUGGUUUAGGCCCUGAGUAACUAAGCCAGGAGGCCCUGGCCUGCCUCCUCCAACCCCUACAUCCUAUGAGGGCAGAGGGCUCCGUUGUCACUACCUUUGUUCCUUUUCUUUGAACACUGACGCUUCGACAUCACUUAUCAUAAUUUGCCAAAAUCAUUGCUAAGUGGCCUUGAGGGCCAACCCAGAAAGAAGUAGGCAUUGCAGUGGAAGCUCCCAGGGGAGCCAAGAGCCUCCCAAGGACAACUGCACAUGAACAGGGAUGGGUUGUCUAGGCUCGUGCUGGGAUAUCCCAGAUCCACAACCCAAGGACUGUUCUGGACUCCUCCCUAUCAGAAUUUUCUGGGGGUUAGGCUGGGGUAUCCCCAUGGGAGUGAAGGCUACACCCAAUUCCAAAGGCCUCAGAAGGGGUAGGCAGGUGUCUGCUGUCUGAAUAAAGGCUCCUAUCAGGUCAA